AUGCCGGUUGGGGUAGAUAAUAACAACAACCCCAUUCAAACCAACAAAUUCUAUGCCAACUUCUUCGCCAAUAAUCAAAAUAAUGCUACAUGGACUCACCCUUACUCGAUCUGGUGGUCUAGUGACCCUCCCAAACAAGGCCACGGCUUGUCUAUCUCCCAUACCGACCGGCGCGACUUUAUCUACGGACCCGGAAACCCCGUAAAAUCUUUUGAAGAUCCCGUGUUUCGUCAAUCGAUCGCUCUUUCGGCGCGAGAAUUGCAGAAUGGAACUGUUUUGACCACGGACUCGCUGACGGCAUUCUCUGCCAACGUUAAUCUUGCACCAAGGGGAGGUGCAAAGCCUCUUAUAUCGUUCCCCAUUGUUCAGGGCAUGGCCUUCGUCACUGGCGUCUACAGCAAAGCCACUGUUAUUAUUCAAUCUCAAAGGCAUUUCUCGAAAAUUACCGACCUUCACCUAAGCGCUGCCGUCCCUGGGCCCUCUCUGUAUGGUUGGAGUGUCCAGCUAGGCGAUGGGUCGAGUUGGCUGAUCUAUCUUACUCAAACCUGCCUUUCUGAGAGGCCGACGCUUCAAAUCACUGACAAAGGAACAAUCUUGGGUCCGAAAGGAUUUACUGGAACAGUCCAAGUUGCCAAGAACCCUGCAGGAGCAGCCGGUAUCGACGUCUUUAACAAAGCUGCUGGCGUGUAUCCAGUCAGUGCAGCCAUCUCGGGCACUGUUUCUGGCCGCACUGGGACCUACACCCUGGCGUGGGAGAAGGAGGGGAUAAAGCAACGAACAUUGCUCAUGUUUGCUUUGCCGCAUCACGUCAAGUCGUUUAACACAGAGACAGCCAGGGGUCUCACCAAUAUUGAGUUGGCCAGCACAACUAAGGGAAUUGCCACGGCUAUACUUGCAGAUGAGUUCACUAUGGUGGAGUAUGAGCUUCCUACGGAUAUUGGGUUCAAUCCUUGGUCACCGCGUCUAGGAUCGGUGGGAUCUCAGGGCUCUGCAUCAACGGUAUCUCAGGAUGCCAAAGCGUCAAUCAUCAAGGCUGCAAAAGUCGAGCUCGCGCGGGAUAUCACAAAGCUUACCAAUCUGACAUCCAAGUACUAUGGUGGAAUCGCCUUUUCGGUCUACGCGAGAGCGUUGUAUGCUGUCCACAACAUUGCUGGCGACAGAUCUUUGACAGCCAAUUCGCUUGCAAAGCUUGAAGCCGCGUUUGACAGGUACGUCAAGAAUGAGGAACCGAACCCUCUAUGCUACGAUAGUCUGUGGAAGGGUCUCGUCUCGUCUGUAUCCUACGGGAACAACGACUCCUCGAUCGACUUCGGCAACACAUACUAUAAUGACCAUAACUUCCACUACGGUUACUAUGUGUAUACCGCCGCGAUCAUUGCGCACUUUGAUCCCUCUUGGCUAAGCAAGAACGGCGGCGUCAACAAGAUUUGGGUGAACAACCUGAUCCGUGACUGGUCUAACCCAUCAGCCGAUGACCCUUUCUUCCCUUUUUCACGAUCUUUCGACUGGUUCCACGGCCACAGCUGGGCCCGGGGCGUCCUUGAGGCACCUGACGGCAAGGACCAGGAGUCUUCAGCAGAAGACGCCUUCUCAACCUAUGCCAUCAAGAUGUGGGGCAAAGUCAUUGGUGACGCCAGCCUCGAGGCCCGCGGUAACCUCCAACUUGCCGUGACGGCGCGCAGCCUGCAGUCGUACUUCCUCCUGGCAAGCGAUAACGAUGUCCAGCCGGCUAACUUUAUUGGGAACCGUGCUACGGGCAUUCUCUGGGACAGAAAGAUCAAUCACACGACGUACUUUGGCGACGAAAUUGCUUACAUCCAAGGUAUUCACAUGCUUCCAAUUGUGCCGAGCAGCGCUUAUAUCCGCAAAGCUCCCUUUGUACGUGAGGAAUGGAAUCAGUAUUUCGCCGGCAACAAGUCUGGAUCUCUCAGCAAUGGCGGCUUCGCAGGCCAUAUCUAUGCAAAUCUGGCGAUCGCAGACAAGGCUGGCGCUAUUGAGAGUCAUGCCUUCUUCAGGAAGCAGACUACUGAUAGUCCAUACCUCAGCGGGUCGAGUCUGACUUGGGAUCUGGCGUAUACGGCGGCGUUGGGAGGAAGUUUGGCAUCUAACGUGUCUGUGAAUUCAACGCGUCUUUGGACCUGA